AGAUUAUGUUUAGAUAAGACAGCAGUUCAAACUUUUAAUAAAUGUAAAUAUUAAUAUAGUAAUAAAAUAUUAGUGGAGGUGGAUCAUAUGAAAGUAACGAGGGUGAGAAAAAGAUUGGGAAGUGGGUAGAAUUGAAUGAAAGGUUUUAUAAUGGUUAUUAAAUCACUUACAAUGGAGAAUAUAAUCGGAAUGGAAUGAAGACAGGAAUAUGGUUGAUAAUGGGCUAUGGUUAUUAAUAUUGUGAAAUUAAAUAUGAUGAUUGAAUACUAUCUAAUAAUAUGCAUAAAGAUAAUUAAAUGUAUAUCAAGUUUUAGGAUUACUUUUUAGGUGUCAUCUUCUUUCCUAUACAACUUAUAUUAAAUAUCAAAUAGCUAUAGGAAAUUAUUGCAAUUUGAUUAAUGAAAAAAUAUAUAUCUGCCUGGUUAGAUUUAAUUUUUAAACUAGGUUUCUGGAUUAUGUUGUGAAGUUGGUAAAAUUUAUGAAGAGGUUGAAUAAUGUAUUCGUUGUUAUGAC